AUGGCUGCUACGUCCACCGACAAGAAGCAGACGCCGGAGACCGUCCGUGACAUUCUCAUCUGGGUCUACGGUCUGAAGGAGGAACCACACAAGACAAAGUUGGUGCAAGAAAUUGAUGCCAUUUGUGCCAAGUACAAGAUUCAAACCCAGACAAAGAGAUGGGAACAGUUUGUAGACGAGCUCGCAGUGCAGUGCUCGGAGAUUUUGCGCACCAUCCAAGGAAACCCUUACGGUUAUGGCUACAAUUGCAAAUAUGACAUCUCAAAGUUCGAGUACCCGACUGCUGUGGACGAGGAUUUCUUCCCAUGGUUCAACCACUACCUCAAGUCGCUCAACGACAGGAUGACAUUCUUGAGGCAGAAGUGUGGCGAGAAUGGUGAGUGGCGUGAUCAGACCUUUACAGUCGAUGGAAACCGUGGCGAACAAACCGAUCUAUACAAGUUUAUGCUGGAUCUCGACCCGGAGUGUAAGACGGUUACAUGCACGGCGGCGCGCAAGUGCCCUAACUGCCCAGUCAAAAUGGGUUUCAACGAGGGUUGUCUCAAGGCUACUGGCAAGACCGGCAAGGACCUCCUUAAGGAACUGGAUCAGCUGCUCACGGAAGGUUCUCCUCUGAGUGUCAUGCUUGCCCUUGAUGACGCCAAGCAAGGCAAGGGUUUGGCCAAAUUGCUCUUGCGUAUGUCAAUGGCUGGUAUUGCGGGAGGCAGUGUGGCUUACCUUGCGACGACAGGUGCGGCUGCCCCUGCCCUCGCCACCAUGGCGGAUGGUCUGGCAUCAUUCGUCAACACGGUAUUGUUGCCGUUCCUGUAG